AAGCAUGCUGAUUCCUUCAGUGAAGACUUGUUUCCAGUUACUUUGCAACCAUAAGGUCCCAGCAGCUGGCUUAAAAGAGACAGUAAAAAGUGGGCUAAUCUUGAAGUCGCUUUCCAAUGAUGUUUACCAGAAUCUGGCUGUAGAAGAUUGGAUCCAUGACCAUAUGAAUCUAGAAGGCAAUCCAAUUCUUUUCAUUUGGAGAAAUUCUCCCUCUGUUGUAAUUGGUAGACAUCAGAAUCCUUGGCAAGAAUGUAACCUAAAUCUGCUGAGAGCAGAAGGUAUAAAGCUGGCUAGAAGAAAAAGUGGAGGAGGGACAGUGUACCAUGACAUGGGCAACAUCAAUUUGACUUUCUUUACAACUAAGAGCAAGUAUGAUAGGAUGAAAAAUCUGAAAUUAAUUGUGCGAGCUCUGAAAACUGUCCAGCCUCAGCUGGAUGUGCAGGCUACUAAAAGACUUGACCUUUUACUUGAUGGGCAGUUUAAAAUCUCAGGAACUGCUUCUAAGAUUGGACGGACUACUGCUUAUCACCACUGCACUUUAUUAUGUAAUACAGACAGGACCUUCUUGUCAUCUGUGCUGAAGAGCCCUUACCAAGGAAUCAAGAGCAACGCCACUGCUAGCAUACCUUCCUUAGUGAAAAACCUUUUGGAAAAAGAUCCCACUCUGACCUGUGAAGUGCUAAUGAAUGCUAUUGCCACAGAAUAUGCUGCUUGUCAUGGGAUUGAUAAUCACAUUAACCUGAUAAACCCAGCAGAUGAGACACUGUUUCCUGGAAUAAACAACAAAGCCAAAGAACUACAAACUUGGGAGUGGAUUUAUGGCAAAACCCCAAAAUUCAGUAUAAACACUACCUUUCAUGUAUUAGAUGGACAGUCACACUUUGAAAUUAAUGUAUAUGUAGAUAUAAAGAAUGGAAGAAUUCAAGUCUGUAAUAUUGAGGCACCUGAUCACUGGUUGCCACUGGAAGUAUGUGACAAAUUAAAUUCAGGUUUUAUUGACAGUAAGUUUUGCCCCAAUGAAAUUACCAUGCUAACAGAUUUAUUACUUAGAACAUGUCCAGAAGACAAUGAAUUGUAUAAUAAGUGGAAUAUUCUCUGUGAAAAAAUUAAGAGAAUAAUGUAACUUUAAAAAAUAAUCAUCAUCGACUAUUGAUGGUUUAAAUGAGGAAAUUAAAAAUUUUAAUGUAUAUUAUUUGUC